UGCGCGGGUGUGCGUGUGCGCGCAGUGCACGCCGAGCAGCUCCCGGGAAGAAAGAAAGAGAAAAUCCCGAAGAAGGAAAGGAAGAAGCCUAAAGUCACUGGUGCAAAGGAGCAAAGAAGAGACAUUUCCCUCCCCUCCUCCUCCCUCUUUUCCCCUCCCCAGGAGGAAAGAGAAGGGGAAAAAAAAGAAACUUUCACCUUGGACUCUUCUUUUUUGGUGCAAACUUUCCUCCCCCCCCCUUCUUUUUCCUUUUCCCCCCCCAUUCCCCUCCUUUUUUUUUUUUUUUCUUUUGUUUUUCCCCUUCCCCUUUUUGCAAAAUUGCUGCUGGUGGGGUGAAGCAGGAGGAAAAUGCCGCAGCUGAACGGCGGUGGAGGGGACGACCUGGGCGCCAACGAUGAACUGAUCUCUUUCAAAGACGAAGGGGAGCAGGAGGAGAAGAUCUCCGAGAACUCCUCGGCGGAGAGGGAUUUAGCUGAUGUCAAGUCGUCUCUCGUCAAUGAAUCAGAAACGAAUCAAAACAGCUCCUCAGACUCGGAGGCGGAGCGGCGGCCCCCGCCUCGGUCCGAAACUUUCAGAGAUAAAUCCCGGGAAAGUUUAGAGGAAGCUGCGAAGAGGCAAGAUGGAGGGUUGUUUAAGGGCCCACCAUACCCGGGUUAUCCCUUUAUAAUGAUCCCCGACCUCAGCAGCCCGUAUCUGCCCAAUGGAUCGCUCUCUCCGACGGCGAGAACGUAUCUGCAGAUGAAAUGGCCACUGCUUGAUGUUCAGGCAGGGAGCCUUCAGAGUAGACAAGCCCUCAAGGAUGCUAGGUCUCCAUCUCCAGCACACAUUGUUUCUAACAAAGUGCCAGUUGUGCAGCACCCACACCAUGUACACCCUCUUACGCCGCUUAUCACAUACAGCAAUGAGCACUUCACACCAGGAAACCCUCCUCCACACUUACCAGCUGACGUAGACCCCAAAACAGGAAUUCCAAGGCCUCCACAUCCUCCAGAUAUAUCUCCUUAUUAUCCAUUAUCACCAGGCACUGUAGGACAAAUCCCCCAUCCGCUAGGAUGGUUAGUACCACAGCAAGGUCAGCCAGUGUACCCAAUCACGACAGGGGGUUUCCGCCACCCCUACCCAACAGCUCUGACCGUCAAUGCUUCCAUGUCAAGGUUUCCUCCACACAUGGUCCCGCCACACCAUAGUUUACACACAACUGGAAUUCCUCAUCCGGCCAUAGUCACACCAACAGUCAAACAGGAAUCUUCCCAGAGCGACGUCGGCUCACUCCACAGCUCAAAACAUCAGGACUCCAAAAAAGAAGAAGAGAAAAAGAAGCCACACAUAAAGAAACCUCUUAAUGCAUUUAUGUUGUAUAUGAAGGAAAUGAGAGCAAAAGUUGUAGCAGAAUGCACAUUGAAAGAGAGCGCAGCCAUCAACCAAAUCCUCGGUCGAAGGUGGCACGCAUUAUCCAGAGAAGAGCAAGCGAAAUACUAUGAACUAGCAAGGAAGGAGCGACAGCUUCACAUGCAGCUGUACCCGGGCUGGUCUGCGCGGGAUAACUAUGGAAAGAAGAAGAAGAGGAAAAGGGAUAAGCAGCCAGGAGAGACCAAUGAACACAGCGAAUGUUUCCUAAAUCCUUGCCUUUCACUUCCUCCGAUUACAGACCUGAGCGCUCCUAAGAAAUGCCGAGCGCGCUUUGGCCUUGAUCAACAGAAUAACUGGUGCGGCCCCUGCAGGAGAAAAAAAAAGUGCGUUCGCUACAUACAAGGUGAAGGCAGCUGCGUCAGCCCACCCUCUUCAGAUGGAAGCUUACUAGACUCUCCUCCGUCCUCCCCCGCCAUGCUCGCCUCCCCCUCCAGAGACUCGAAACCACAGACUGAACAAACGCAACCCCUCUCGCUGUCAUUGAAGCCCGACCCGCUGGCGCACCUGGUGAUGAUGCCGCCGCCAUCCUCGCUCGUGCUCGCUGAGAGCGCCGCGAGCAAGCCCGGCGCCCUGCCCGCCGCCAGCUGCCCCAACGGGGCCCUGGACCACCCGCCGGCCGCCCUCCCGCCGGCCGCCGCCGCAUCCCUCGCACAGCCCUCGACGUCCUCCUUGCAUUCCCACAGCUCGCUGCCGGGGACACAGCCCCAGCCGCUCUCCCUUGUAACGAAGUCCUUAGAAUAGCUUUAGCCUCGUUAGCUCUUUCGGUUUCCUUUCGGGGGGAUUGAAUUCUGUUGGUAUUUGGGGUUUUGGUUUGUUUUUUUUUUUUUUUCCUUUUCUUUUUUUUUUUCUUCUCCUUGUUGUCGUCCGCUGUUUGUCGUCGUUUCUCGGUUUCGUUUUUAAUUUGUGCCAUGUGGCUACAUUAGUUGAUGUUUUAUCGAGUUCAUUGGUCAAUAUUUGACCCAUUCUUAUUUCAAUUUCUCCUUUUUAAAUAUGUAGAUGAGAAAAGCCUCAUGAUUCUGCCAAAAUUUUUAUCAACAGCUGUUUAAAGUCUUUGUAGCGUUUAAAAAAUAUAUAUAUAUACAUAAUUGUUAUGUAGUUCCAAUAGCUUAGUUUUAAAGACUGAUUUUAAAAAUUAAAAAAAAAAAAAAGAAGCAAUUUUGAAGCAGCCCUUGCCAGAGGCAUUGGUUCUUUAUUAUUUGUAUUAAAUACGAGCUUGCGAACCAAUCAUUUUACAUCUGGUUUUUAAACCUUUAAGGGCACAACGAAUGCGGUGCCGCUACUACUUCUUUUUUUUUUCUUCCUUGUGUGAAACAACCUUUAUUGUGAUGUUACUUGUUAUUGUUUAAAUGUACAGAAACAAAGGGUUAAAAAAUGUGUUAAUAUACCUUGUUCCAUGGUGUUGUUCUUUUUGGGGGAGGGGACGCUACUCAACAAUUAAAAGUAUCACAACGCUAUUGGACCAGUAGUAUUUAUUGCUUUAGAAAUUGCUUGUUGUAUCUGUAUGUUGUCCCUUUUUAAAUGUUUUUUUCUUCUUUUAUUUUUUCCUUGAAACAUUGUAUAAAGGGUUUUUUUUUUUCCUUUAGUGUAAGCAUCUUAUAUAUAACAACUCAUUUGUACAAGGUUUUUAAGUUUAUAUAUAAAUGUGUAUAUAUAUAUUUUUUCCGGGAUUUUGUUUUUGAUUUGUU